AUGGAGGAGAAGGACCAUGUACAAGUGAAAGACAACUCGUCAAUAGAGAGCAUUUUACGUCCAAUAGUGUACACCUCCUGGCUCCUGGGUGUCGGUGCAGCACAUCCACGAAAUUCUCCCAAAGCUAUGACGAAAAUCAUACCCUAUUAUUACAUUUAUCACGGAAUCAAGCAGUACAAGAAGUGGCCUGAACUGAUGAACAGAUUUAUAGAACUCGAUCAAAAGAUCAGGGAAGAAAUAUCUACGAAUGACCGGUCCAUAAAAAUUAUUGAAGCGCUAGCCAUUUUCACGACGUUCAUUUUCUGUCCUGUAAUGCCGAUUCUUCAAGCUGUGUAUUACUUAUAUUAUUCAGUAGAAACAAAAGAAUCGCUGUUUUACUACAUAUUAUUAGGGCAGUUGAUGAUUAACAGCUUCGUUUUCGUGGUUAUUGUCUAUGUAUUAUAUUGCAGAUUUCAAACAAUAAAUAAAUUGAUUGGUCAGUUGGAUAAGUUAUCCGAUGUGCAAUGGAUCGCGUUCAAGAUUAGACGCAUUCGAGAAUUACAUACUGGUAUUUGUGAUGUCGCCAGCAUGGUAAACGACAUUUACGGUCUUAAUCUCCUUUUUUGUUCGGGGAAUUGCUUCACCAUGGCUAUAGCCUCAAUAUUCUAUCUUUUUAAUGAACCGAAAAUUGGCCACUGGUUAAUACCGAUACUUUAUUUCUUGUGCAUUGUAUAUACCAUGCAAUUCUGCCUGAUUUGUUGGAUUUGCACACUCGCGAGUCAAGAAUCCUAUAGGACCGGCAGAAUUAUGCACAAAGUUAUGUUGAAUUAUCAACCUGAGAAUUUUGAUAAGAACGAGGCGAGUUAUCAAUCGAGUCUAGAUAUGCGAUCUGCACUAGAUGAUUGGACCAGCGAGCUGAAUUCUUAUUAUAGCAGCAGUUCCCAUUCAUAUGUCGUGGAAAAUUUUUUGCGCAGAAAUCUGGACCGAGAGUGUAUCACAAAAGAGGUCAAUGAUUUUUCGACUCAACUGCAGCAGAAUCGAGUAUUAUUUACGGCCUACAAUUUCUUUGAAAUAAACAAUACUUCAUUCGGUUGUCACCAAUUGUAA